AUGAAGCCUGAGAGCGAUAGGUGCUCGGCUUGGGCCACCGCGCCCCCCUGCUCAUGCUGCAGCUGGUCCUCCUCUCCUGGAGUGAAGAAGAGCUGCAGCUCCACGCCGCAGGAGCUGCACCGCCUGGAGCAGGACGACCUGUACCUGGACAUCACGGACCCGCCAGGUGAUCCGAAUCGCCUUUGUUUUGCCAUUCUCUACAGCAGACCAAAGAGUGCAUCAAACGGACAUUAUUUCAGCAUAGAUAACGAGCUAGAGUAUGAGAACUUCUAUGCAGAUUUUGGAUCACUCAAUCUCGCCAUGGUUUACAGAUAUUGUUGCAAGAUAAAUAAGAAGCUCAAGUCCAUUACAAUGCUGAGGAAGAAAAUUAUCCAUUUUACCGGCACUGAUCAGAGAAAGCAAGCGAAUGCUGCCUUCCUUAUCGGGUGUUAUAUGAUUAUAUAUUUGGGAAGGACACCAGAAGACGCGUAUAGAACUUUAAUCUUCGGAGAUACAGCUUAUAUUCCUUUCAGAGAUGCUGCCUACGGAAGCUGCAGUUUCUACAUUACACUUCUCGACUGUUUUCACGCAGUAAAGAAGGCAAUGCAGUAUGGCUUCUUUAAUUUCAACUCAUUUAACCUUGAUGAAUAUGAACACUAUGAAAAAGCAGAAAAUGGAGAUUUCAACUGGAUAAUACCAGAGCGGUUUCUUACCUUCUGUGGGCCGCAUUCAAGAUCCAGGCUGGAAAGUGGUUACCACCAACAUUCUCCGGAGACUUAUAUUCCAUAUUUUAAGAAUCACAAUGUAACUACCAUUAUUCGUCUGAAUAAAAGGAUGUAUGAUGCUAAGCGCUUUACGGAUGCUGGAUUUUAUCACCAUGAUCUUUUCUUUCCGGAUGGCAGCACCCCUGCUGAGGCAAUUGUCCAAGAAUUUCUGGAUAUUUGUGAAAAUGUCGAGGGUGCCAUUGCAGUGCAUUGUAAAGCUGGUCUUGAUCGAACAGGCACUCUGAUAGGCUGCUACCUCAUGAAGCAUCACAGGAUGACGGCAGCCGAGAGCAUUGCCUGGCUCAGAAUCUGUAGACCUGGCUCAGUGAUUGGGGCCCAGCAACAGUUUCUGGUCAUGAAACAAUCAAGCCUCUGGCUGGAAGGCGACUAUUUCCAUCAGACGUUAAGAGGGCAGGAGAACGGACCCCUCAGAGAAGACUUCUCCAAACACCUUUCGGAUGUUGAUGACAUUUCAAUAAAUGGGCUUGAGAAUCAAGACAAUCAAGAGCCUGAGCCGUAUAGUGAUGAUGAUGAAGUCAGUGGAGUGACACAAGGAGACAGACUUCGGGCCCUGAAAAGCCGGAGACAGCCGAAAGCCAGCGCUAUCCCCCUCACAUGUCCCCUAGCUGCCCUGACAUCUGCACUGUGUAGUGUUGCCAUCUGGUGGAUUGUGUGUGACUACAUUCUUCCCACCCUGCUGUUCUGUCUUGAUGGCUUCAGAACACAGUAGCCAUCUGGACCCUUUGACAGAUAGUUUGCUGUCCUGGCUCCUUGGAGGGAGAGGAGGAGGAGGAGUGCUUUGCAGCAAAUGCCCAUGCUGGCCUUAUGUCCAGCCAUUUCAAGGACUAAGACAGU